AUGCCACCAAAGAAGCAAGAGAAGGUGGAGUCCAAGACCGUGUUGCUUGGCCGUCCUGGCAGCAACCUGAAGGUCGGCAUCGUUGGUCUUCCCAACGUGGGCAAGUCGACGUUCUUUAAUGUCCUUUCCAAGAAAGGUGUUCCGGCAGAGAACCGUCCGUUCUGCACCAUUGAUCCCAACACCGCCGAUAUCAACAUUCCAGAUGACCGUUUCGAUAAGCUGGUGCGUAUCCACAAGCCGGCGUCCAUUGUGCCUGCGCAAGUACACAUUUGCGAUAUUGCUGGUCUUGUGCGUGGUGCGAGCAACGGUGAGGGUCUUGGUAACAACUUUCUGUCUCACAUCAGCUCGUGCGAUGGCAUCAUCCACAUGGUGCGCGUCUUUGAGGAGGUGGAGAUUACGCACGUGGAGGGCGACUUAGACCCCAUUCGAGAUCUGGAGAUCAUUCUCUCCGAGCUUGUCAUGAAAGAUUUGCAGUGUGUCAACAGUCUUAUUGACAAGCUGACGCCCAUUGUCAACCGUGGUCUCGACAAGUCGAAGAAGGGCGACCUCGAGACGUUGCACAAGGUGAAGGGGGUGCUGGAGGAAGGCAAGCAAGUGCGCUGUUGCCAGUGGAACGGUAAGGAGAUCGACUUUCUCAACACAAUUCAGCUUUUGACCGCAAAGCCGGCCAUGUUCUUGGUGAACAUGUCCGAGGACGAUUAUAUACGGCAGCGCAACAAAUGGCUGAAGAAGCUCAAGGACUGGAUCGACGAGCACACUGGUGAGCCCAUGAUCCCGUUUUCGGCGGAGCUGGAGACGGCCUUUGUCGCCAUGUCUCCAGACGAGGUGGAUAAGUACUGUGAGGAGAAGAAGACCAGGUCACAGAUCCACAAGAUCGUCAAGACGGCGUACAGCAUCAUCAACUUUAUCCACUACUUCACCGCCGGCGCUGAUGAAGUGAAGUGUUGGACUAUCCAGCGUGGAACCAAGGCGCCGCAGGCAGCUGGCAAGAUUCACACUGACAUGGAGAAGGGUUUCAUCUGCGCAGAGGUGAUUGAAUGGGCUGACUUUGACCGGCUGGAGAGUGAGGCCGCUUGCCGCGACGAGGGCAAGCAGCAUCAGCAGGGGCGGAACUACGAGGUGCAGGAUGGUGACAUCAUUUUCUUCAAGUUCAACGCGGCGAAGGGUGGAAAGAAGUGA